AACUAAUUACUCUUGGUAAGCACAAUCAUGUCUUAAACGAUUUCUAAUACCAGUAUGGAGGGAGUAUAUAUUGUUAUGGAUGCGACAUCGGCAAUCCGAAACCAUCAGUGUUUGUGCCGAGUACCGGUGCCAGCCAGAGGAUAAUCGGACGAGCUCCUUCACCUUGUUCGGCUACGAGCCUACGACUACGACCAAUCUGCCAUCCGCGGCCGCAAAAGCAAACCACAAACUAAACAGCAGAGCAGUUCCCUUCCCGCUGCGGCUGGCUUUUGAGUUUGAGCUGACGCAUGAAGCGAGCCGUCUCCGCUCUAUGGGCCCGGCGCGCCGUCCGCCAAGCCUCCUUCUACACCACCUCCUCCUCGCCUGAGGCGGGGGCGGGGGCGGCGGCGUCGGAGGCGUGGGACGGGCGGUUCCGUCUCCACAAGCCGCGCGGGCAGCACCUGCUCACCAACCCGCGCGUCCUCGACGCCAUCGCCCGCCGCGCCGCGAUCAGCCCGGGCGACGCCGUCCUCGAGGUCGGCCCCGGCACGGGGAACCUCACCGCGCGCCUCCUCGCCUCCCCCGCGUCGCGUGUCGCCGCCGUCGAGAUCGACCCGCGCAUGGUCGAGGCCGUCACCGCCCGCGCCGCCGCCCUCGGCCUCGCGGACAAGCUCACGGUGAUCGCGGGCGACGCCGUGGAAGUGGAGUUCCCGGAGUUCGACGUCUGCGUGGCCAACAUCCCCUACAGCAUCUCCUCGCCGCUGAUCGCCAAGCUGCUGUUCGGCACCUACCGGUUCCGGACGGCGACGUUGCUGCUGCAGAAGGAGUUCGCGCGGCGGCUUGCGGCCACGCCGGGCGACGGGGAGUACAACCGCCUGGCCGCCAACGUGCGCCUCGUCGCCGACGUGAGGCUGCUCAUGGACGUAAGCAAGAGGGACUUCGUGCCCAUGCCCCGGGUGGACUCCUCCCUCGUCGAGAUCCGGCCGAGGGCCGCCACGCCCGGCGUCGACCUCGGCGAGUGGCUGGCGUUCACGCGCGCGUGCUUCGGGCAGAAGAACAAGACCCUCGGCGCCAUCUUCAAGCAGAAGAGGAUGGUCAUGGAGCUGUUCGGCCGGUCGCGGAGAGCGGAGGAACGCGACGGCGGUGCCGGUGGCAUCAGCCUCGGCGCGCUUGACGACGACACUGAUGAGGAUGGUUAUGGAAAAGAAGACGAUGGCGGCAGCAGAGUGGCGGCCGGUUGCAGCGAGGAAGAGGUCGCGGCGUUCAAGGAGAGCAUUGCCGGAGCGUUGGAGUCUGCGGAGCUCGCCAGCAAGAGGCCGUCGAAGCUGUCGAACGACGAACUGCUGCGGUUGCUCCUGCUGUUCAACGAGCGUGGGGUGCGGUUCCGGUAGAGCGCAACCUGCGUCCCUCUGCACGUUGCGACAUAUGGUCUGGCACGCAGAGAUUUGUGUCGCCGGGGCCAUGCCACGCCUCUUGCAAUGGCUGGUUCUUACAAGCAUGCCGACGUCAUUGUAGACGUAGUGCUACUUCAGUCAUAUGUAUACCCGCAGUGUUGAGUUAUUGGUGCCAGCCUUAUCCAUACCCUGUUCAAUGUAUUCCACUUUGCUGAGGUGAACUUUGACAGCUUGAUGUUGAUGGCAUGCAUUUUUUGUGAUAUC